AUGGACUGCCCUUGUGCACUCGUCACGCCUGAAAAGCAUGGCAAAAGAGCACUCACUCCAGAGAGCGAUACAGCCGAAGGAGAUGAGAUCAUUGUGUCAACUCCCCAAAAGCGCCGCCGAGAGGUUCUGGUCCGGGAGUUGCAAGAGGUUUCGGUCCUGCGUGUAGGCCCCCCGAGGGCCACAAGGAAUGCUCCCAACACCGCAGCUCCACGGACACCACUUUCGAAGUCUGCCGCCAGCCGCCGAAGCUUGAAAACUUCCUGCAGCGACUUCCUCGCCGACAGUCCGCGGGAUCGAGCACAAGAGCCGUACGUAGCUCCGCCAGACAGUGUAGUGCAUCUACCACUGGGCGAUGGGCUGUUCUUCAGAUUCUGGAGCGAGUACUCCCACGGGUACAACUCACCAACCGGAUUCGUUGCGGGCAAAUACACCGUCUGCAACAUCACCUGGGCUGAGCCACCGUCGGUUGCCAGUAUCGACCCGGCGGAGUUCUGGAACCACAUCAACCCGGCUGAAGACAGGACGGUGUGGCCCUCCCCAUUCAUAUCGGUGCCAGCCAAAGCCAUUCUACACACGUUCAAGCUCAGCGACAUGGCAACCUUUGUGAGCAAUACUCCUGGAAUGGCAGAGGCCCUGCGACUGAACGAUUUGAUGAUGAGAGGCAACUUUCGCUCAACCGUCAGAGAGGUGUUGGGAAGCGCGCGAAUCCAGCUCGACGCACGUUUGGCAGCUGGACUUGCGAAGCUUUGUAUGUUCGUUGGUCUUUCGACGAAAUCGAGCAUUGGAAACUUGUCCAACAUGGUCUGCGACUUUGUUAAGGGCUGGAACUUUGUUCUCGAGAAUAAAGACUCCGAUUUGUGGCAAGAGGUAGCUGAUGCAUUUGUUCAUGUGUUCGUGGUGGCGAGCGAGAGGCCAGUCAGUUUCAGCGAUCAACUCAAGGUGCAGCAUGGAUUCUUGGACGGCGUGCGCUGGGCCAGUGGCGACUUCAACGCCUGGUACAAGCCAUGCUUGGCCAUUAAGAUGCAAGGCAAAGCGACCAAGAUCGGUCUCGACGAUCCAGCGGCUCUAGUUCUUGCGAACGUGGAGCAGGAGAUCCGGUCUACUCGGUCCCAGACUCGAGCACAUCGACGAGCACAUGAUAGGAUUCUUCGAGGAGAGCCGACGCGGGCAUUGGAGGUGGAAGAGGUCGAUCCAGAGCGAGUGUUGCUUGAAUCGGGGGGUGAUUCUGACGACGAUGGGAGUGUAUACGAACUGUAG